AUGUCGCUUCCUGUGGCCAUUCGUUCGGUCAUAUUCUACUACCUGGCUUGCACACCAUGCAAUGAUGCAAAGGGGCGGUACAGGGCCAAGCAGAAGGCCAAGAAAGAUCGCGAGAACAAGGCGACGCUCGAGAUGGAACAGCCCGGCCUAUACGCCCACCCAUCACCAUGGAACACGAACCCGUAUUGGCAAGAGGAGAUUGAUAUCGGGCCCAAGCUCCCGAAGAAGACGGGGAACAAGAACUCGAGCCAGCGCGGCCUCAACAGCGCCGGCACGAGCGCCGGGCGGGACAGCACGUCCGCCAGCUUGACGGCCACCAGCUCCAACCUCGAACACAGCACGACAGGCCGCACCAGUCCCACGAUCAUACCAGAAGACGACGGCACCAGGAUAUCGGGCGACGGCUGGAACAAGACGAGAUACCAGCGGGAGGACGAGGAGCUCUGGGGCGGCGACCUCAGCAAGAUGGGCCACAAGUUGGUGGAUAACAUCGUCAAGGCCGGAAACUCGGCCGGUCGCAUGAUCAAGGGCGAGCUCAGCAAGGAGAGGCAGGUCACCGAGGAGGAGCGCCGCGAUUUCUACUUUACGCCCAAGAACCCCCCUGUAAACGAGUAUCACCCGCCCAUCGUCGGCAGCACGCCCGCGCACAAGAACGCGCUUCAGUGGAUGCUGCAACCUCCACCAACCGCCAAGCUCAUGGAAGGCCGUGUCCCUGUCAGCAGGGCGAAGAGCUCGAGCAGCGUCGCGAGCCGGGGCAGCAGGGCGAGCAAGGCCAGCAGGACGGCGGCGACAGAGGACACCCCCUUGGGCCGCAUCGUCAGAGAAAAGGCCCUGCAGGAGAAGCUUCGCAAGCAAGAGACGCCGUCGGAAACGGAACUCAUCGACGCGCUCAUCGGCUCUCGGUCGAGGCAAACAUUGGUCUCCACCAGGGGCAGGAGCAUGCGCAGCCGCAGCCUCUCACUAGAAUCGGAGAUGUACUCAGAGCCAUCGACCGACAGCGAGCUCGUCGAGCGGAGAAAACAUGCGCGCCGGCAGCCCAACUACCAGGACGCGGACGGGUCGAGCGACGACGAGGACGUGGAUGCCUUGAGGCAGAGCCGCGACUCGUUGCGUGCGCGAGGGUCAACGCGGGUGGCGGCACGGCCCAGACUCGGCACCAUCCGCAGCUCAGGCACCGGCAACAGCACACCGAGAGCGGCGCUAGCGGCCAAGCCUACGAACACGAGGGCGGAGAGCAUCACACCGCGACCCUCUUCGCCGACGGCGCCCGCCAAGGCCUACGUCGUGUCGACGACGAUGGGCAAGAACGACGAGAACCAGGCCAUCCCCGCUGGAUUCUAG